UUCAAUUCAGUGACGGAAUAUGGCGGCCGGAGGUACCUGGGCUCACCGCUGUAUCCAUCUUUGAAGACUUAAAACCCGCCGGCUAGUGGCAAAUAUCCUCCAGGAAGGUGACGCCAUGCUAGCACCAUCUUCCUAGUGUAAAUUGGUCAGUGGACAGAGCAGUCAGCUAGUAACUAGAAGCCCUGGGUUCAAAUCCUGGGCAGGGCAAGACGUAUGGGCAAUUCUCCUUACACUCGUUGCUCCAUUCUACCUAGCAGUAAAUAGAAACCUGGGAGUUAGACUGUUGGUGGUGGCAUCCUGGGGAUGAUAACAUCAGGCUUUGAGAUGAGCUGAGGUCCAUUAAGGGAGCCGGCAGGCUGAGGGUGCUGUAAGGCCACAAAGACCAGGACCAUGAUGUCCAGCACUAGAAAGAGGGAUGGGGACAGCGAGGGGGACAGUGGGUUUGUGACACCAGACAGCACCACGAAGGAGAAAGUGUCACGAUUCAUAGAGGGCGAAGAUGUACUCUCGCAUGGCAAGGAUGGUCUCUUCUACUUAGGAAUUAUAGUUGUGGUUGAUUAUGAAAAUGAACGCUGUUUGAUCCAGUUUGAGGACAGUACAGCUCAUUGGUCCUUGUAUAAAGAUAUCACCAAGCUAAAGCUGCCUGAAUCAGAUGACCUGUGUGUUAUCUGCAAGUCUUCCAAGAGCUGGGAUACGAAUGAAAUUGUUUUAUGUUAUAUUUGUGAGCAGGGUUACCAUCAGGAUUGCCUCCAGCCUAGAAUAGGUAAAGAGUACUGUGAACCAGACAGCCAGUGGGAGUGUCCAAGGUGUGCUGGACAUUCAGCCAUGGAGAAAGAAGAGCGGAAAAAAUCCCGGGAGAGCUCUCCACGGAAGCAACGUACGCGACCUCAGCAUCAACAUCAAUCUGAAGAAAAUAAUAAACUAGUCCUGCCUUAUGAUAUCAACUGCUUAACAUGGGACCAAGGUCACAAGAGCAACAGAGAGCAAACUUACUGCUAUUGUGGUGGACCUGGAGAAUGGUACAAUCGCAUGCUCCAGUGUCAGCGGUGUAAACAGUGGUUUCAUGAAGCUUGUGUAGACUGUUUACACUACCCACUUUUAUAUGGUGAUAGGUUUUAUGUAUUUGUGUGUGCUUUGUGUAAUGAAGGAAAUGAGUUCCUUCAUAGAUUAGAUGUUAAAUGGGUAGAUAUUGUGCAUCUGUCUAUAUUUAACUUAACUCUACAAGACUCAAAGACAUAUUUCGAGUAUGAAGAAACAAUCACUCAGUGGAUUAACGACAACUGGGAACUAUUGCAGGCACCACUAGGGCUUCAAAAUAUGCGGGUUAGUGAACGGAAGCACGAGGUAUUAAGAGUACUGGAAGGAAAUAGACCAAGAUUUAAAUGUGGACGUGAAAUAAAGAAGAAAACCAGUAUAUGGGGUCUACGGGUCCGUGUUCCUCCGCCAGUUCCAGCAAUAACCUUGCCAUAUGUUGGACCUAUUACAGAGGACUCCAUAAAACACAUAACAUUGCGCAACAAGAAGACACGCAAUUCUGACAGGCUUUGGACAGCUGACAAUCCACCAAUUCCACGAAGCUAUAAACUGCGGGACGACAAGCAAGAAGAAGUAGAUGAAGCUUUGGCACGUUUCAGUCCAGCAAAGAAACGUGCAGUAUCUCCUAAUGUUCUAGAACAAGAUGAAGAAAGCCCAAAUAGCUCUGGCAAGAGGAAACGUAAGCGCGAAUUGGACAUCCUGAUGGAAGAUAAAAAAGCCAAAAAAAUGAUUGAGGAACUUAUACCUGUGAUGGAAAACAAUAUGAGCAAUUCACAAGCUCCUGUAAAGAGAAAAAGAGGACGGCCACCCAAGAACUUGCAGGGUAUCAAGUGUGAUGAUCUGCGUGACCUUAAGCAGAAACGCGCCCAAACAUUGUUGACAGAGGCACUGAAGCAGGAAGAAGGUGUGCGACCUGUUAGCAAAUCAGGCCUUGAUAUACCAACGCCAAAUUGCGUCACUCCAGGUGAUACCAGUGGAGAUGAGACUUCGUCACAUGGUACUUUAGACUCCUUCAUUCCUCCUCCCUCAAACUUCGAAGGUCAGAAUAAUCCCUUUCUUAAUCUGGAUUCACUCAGCUAUGGUAUGCCUGUUAUUAGACCUCUUAAGCGGAAACUGAGUGAAAAUGACAUCCGCAUUGGGAAAAACGGUGAAGUGAAGAGAAGACGUUUCCGCAAGAAGUGCGACAAAGCUAAGAUCAUGUUCCUUCUGCAGAAUGGUUCUUUAAGUAUAAAUGGUGGAAAUGGAAUAAGAUUAAAUGGCACAAACAGCAUAAAAAACUGUGUGGACUAUGCCCUCGGUGGUAGAUUACAUACGGGCUCUAAAGAUGACUGUAGUGAUGUAGUGGAGGAUAAUAAAGUUGGAGAUACUGGCUUCUCCUUCAAUGACCUUAAAUCAACUGUAAACAACUAUUUUGGGGCUGCAAACCGGAUUGCAAGUGGUGAAAAGUUCCAUGUAAUAGCAAAAAGAAUUAGUUUUGAAGAUAAAGUUCAGUACCUCAUAGAAUGGGACAGUCCAAGUUCCUCAUAAGGUGAAUUCCAAAUCCUGCAUGUGGCUCCUGUCCACGUCACUUGGGUUUUCUCUUAAAAGUUAUUUCUGAGGAAACCAAUUUGGAAAUAGUAUAUUAUGAGACAAACUUAAAUUAAGCACCAACUCCAUAACCACAUUCAGACUGUGUUCAAAUUGCACUGCCAGAGUAAGUGAUGCAAGAGUGAGGUUUGUCAGGUGCAACACAGCCUCAACGUUAGUUUGUGAUAUGGUUGCUUAGGCAGGUAGUAGACCAGAAGUUAAUUCAAAUUAAAUUUUGAGAAAUAUUUAUUAUAACUGGGUCAACUGGUUGAUCAUGAAAUUUUAAAUUUUUUGAAAGUAGUAACUUUUGGAUGAUAUGUAAGGUGUUGGACCAGCCCAAAGCAACCACAAUACAAGUAAUUUCACUAUUGUUUAGUCAUGUAAAUAAGUCAUGUAUUUGUUUUAUGGUUAUAUUUAUCUGGUGAUGUGAAUGCCAGACAGGUUUUUGUAUGACUGCGGAUGUACGAUUCCUGUAAAUGUGAGGGCACCUACUGAACGCCAAAUGGGAAUACCUGUAUACAAAUUUCAAGGUAUAACAACAAAUGGUAUAUGUAUACCAGGAGUUUAUAUGUAACAUAGGCAUAUUUCAAUUAUAGGAAACAUUUUAGACUGUAUUGCCCUUGCAACAGAUGUUUUCAAGUCUGUACUUGAAUUGUAAAGGCUUGUUGCAUGGUUGCACUGUCUAACUUAGUUUCCUAAAACUGUAGUGUGUGCCUUACAUACAACUCUCAAGAUACAGAAAGUAAGUGUCCUAGCCUUGACUGAUGUAUUUGUGUGGCAGGUUAUUCUCCUAUUUUGAACCUGCUUUGUUUUGGAUUGUUAUAAAGUGGCUAUCCUGUUUAUAGUGGUGCAUGAAAAACUGCAUUGUGUGUAGCCACGUAGAUAAGUUUAUAAAUUGUUUUGUUGCCAAAGAUUGCCGACAGUUUGUCAAGGUGGGCAGUAGGGAAGGGUCAGGUUCCUAAACCUGCCCUCCCUCAUAUGUACACAAGUUUCUGUUAUGACUUCCACAAACAUGUUAAGUUUCAACCAGUCAUUUUUGUAUGACAUACUAGUAGUGCAUUGUGUACUCUUUUUAGAGUUUUUAAAAUAUUUUUAUACCUUUUUACAUAAAAUAUGAACCUGACCCAAAGGUCCCUACUGUUGGCCCUUUAACUAUCACUGCCACUAUUCCAUCGUGCUCAACUUGUAAGAUGUUUCAAGCGUUGCAGCAUGUAACAUUCCAGGAAUUAUAAAUUUGUCUGAGAAAUAUUUCAGCAUUAUACCAUUUACUGCCAUUGACCAUAGUUGCUAGAGUACCUUAUUUCUGUCCCUUUUGUAUACCUAAUGAUGACAGUACAAAACGUUAUCAUGCAUUAAUCUUCCGUGACAUGUACAGAUUAUAAAUGUAAAGGUUUAAUUUUAGCUGCGGCAUUGGAGAGUCGACUACUGUCGAGCUGAUCAGUAGACCAGAGUUUACAGUAUUUGACACAGAAGAUCAGGAAGCUUUCUUUUGUGUGUAUUUUAGUUUAUUGCCAGGUACAUAAUUGAUGUUUUACACGGUGCUUUACAUUUUGUCGUUGAUUAUAUUUAAAUAUUUAGGAGCCACUUUUUAAAUUUAUGUACAGUCUGUCAGUUUGACAGUUGAACAAGAAUUAAAUUGUGUUGGUUAAAGAUAAAAAUAAUUUCAUACAAUUUACAGUAUGUAUUUAAUUUUUGUUUAAAUGAGAAAAUUCAGUUUGGCAGUUGUCAUUUUGUUUACGUUUUUUUUUUUUCAUAUUGUGUUUAAAGUACUUGGUGUGUAUAUGCAGCAUAUGUAUGUACAGUAUCUGUGUAUAUACAUAUAUACAUACAUGAGGGCCCUGCUUUAUGAUGAUUCUCUAAUAUGGACAUUUCAAAUUAUACCCAAACACUCGUUUACAUGGCUCCUGAUUCGCUAUUAUGGCAUCUAUGCAUCACCUGUCCACUGUUUACAUGCUCUAUGAGCUCUGUCUCUCUACCAAUUAUGUCUGGAAACUUUCCAAAGUUUCAAGUGUUUUAAAGUUUUUGUUUUUAACAUAUUGGCCAUUUCCCACUGAGGUAGGGUGACCCAAAAAAGAAAGAACCCCCAAAAAAAAGAAAACCCCAAAAAGAAAGAAAAAAAACUUUCAUCAUUCAACACUUUCACCAUCACUCAUGCAUAAUCACUGUCUUUGCAAAGGCUCUCAGAUAUGACAGUUUAAAUGUCCCUCCAAACUGCCAAUAUCCCAAACCCCUCCUUUAAAGGCUGGCAUUGUACUUCCCAUUUCCAGGCCUCAAUUCCUGCAAACCAGUUUUCCCGAAUCACUUCACAAAAUAUUACCUUGCUAACACUCCAACAGCUUGUCAAGUCAUAAAAGCCAUUUGUCUGCACUCUUUCCUAUUUAACAUGCUCACGUACACUAGCUGGAAGUCCAAGCCCCUCACACACAAAACCUCCUUUACCCCUCUUCCUCCAACUUUUCCUAGGCUGACCUACCCUGCCUUCCUUCCACUAUGAAAUAUGUAGAAAUCCGACUGCCCACUGGAAACAACAACACUGUACACAUUUAUGGAGCACCCUCCCCACAGUAUUUUAUAAUAAUUAAUAAUAGUAUUUAUCUCUCUCAAGGGGCUAGUAACCCCUUCUCCUGUAUAAAUUACUAAAUUUAAAAAGAGAAACUUUUGAUUUUCUUUUUGGGCUACCCUGCCUCAGUGGGAUACGGCCGGAUUGUUGAAAGAAGAAAGAAGAAGAUUUAUCUCUCUCUUCUGUCUAGAAACUUUCUAACAUUUCAAGUGUUUUAAAGUUAUUAUGUAUAUUAUAUAUAGUAUUUUUGUGUUAUGAUGGCAUCUAAGGAUAGUUGCGAUGAAAAGAGGAGUCAUAAGGCUCUUACUUUCAAUGGCCUCUAAGAAGAAAGUGUUGCAGGAAAUUAAAAGUGCUACAUCAAUGAACUCUAAGGUUGUAAAAAAACAUGAUAACCUUGUUGCUGACAUGGAAUUGAAGACCAAACUAGUCACAAGAUGCCUUUAACCCUUUGAGGGUCCGUCCCGUAGAUCUACGGCUUUACGUUCAGGGUCCAAACUGUAGAUCUACGUCAUGAGCUCAGCUCACUCUGAUAAACUGUGAGUGGUACAUUUGGGCCUAGAUAUGAGAGAAUACAUCUAUGUGGUAUGUGGGCACCACAUAAAACAGAUCCUGCAGCACGCUGUAUAUAAUGAGAAAAAACUGAAAUCAUGAUUUUUCGAUUAAAACAGCGACUUUGCAGUGUUUUUUCGUAUGUUUUUUAUAGUUGUAUUUGCGAUUUCUUGGUCUCAUUUGAUAGAAUGGAAGACAUAUUACAGAAAUAAAAAUGAUUUUGAUUGGUUUUAGCACUGGAAAUGGCUUGAAACUGAGCUCAAAGUAGCAGAAAUGUUAAAUUUUUGCCGAUAUUCAAGAGUAAACAAACGACCUCACACGUCUAAUACACGCCAGCUGGUGGGUCUAAUAUGCAUUCACAAAUAUGGUGAUGAUAUUUAUACAAUUAUGUCAGUAUUGCAUAACAGUAAAUCUUCUAUUUUUUGGUGUGAAUAAAAAUUCAUUGUGAAUAAAAAAUCAAAAUGGUAUUUAUUUGUAAAGCCUCAAAACGUAACUAAUGAACAGAGGAAAUGUUAGUUUAGUUCCAGGAAUACCUACAUUGUUUAUUCUGGACCCUAUUUUGAAAUUGGAAUAUUUUGAACUUUGUGUAAAAUUGGCCAAAUUAACAAUUUCUGAUCACUUUAAUUUGUAGUUGAAACAGUUGACUUGGCAAUUUCUUGUGCUCAAUCGAUAGAAUAGAAGUAAUGCUAGUGAAAUAGCUAAGAAUUUGGUUGACUGGAAUAAUGUAAUUGGCCUAAAAUGGGAGUCAAAGUCGGCAAAAUCGCCGAUUCGUAAAUAUCGCUGAGACAUCAGAAUUCGCGAGAGCAUAAUUUCGUAAAUUUUCCAUCAAAUUUCGUACUUUUUGUUUUAUUACCUUCACAAAAAGAUUCUCUACCAUUUCACAAGAAAAAAUAACAAAUUUUUUUUUUUGAAAAUUCUUGGACACUGGGGCACCACUUCAGAUUUGGGCCUUGGACCCUGAAGGGGUUAAUCUGAGAAAUAAUUCCAGUCCAAGGCCUUAAGUGUCUCUUAUGAAAGCUGAUAGAGAAAGAGAGAUAGAUAGGUGAGGCAGGUGCUGAAAAUAAAUUUGACCUACAAUAAAUACUACUCACCUCUCACCAUACAUUAUAAUUUUGUAGGCCUACUUCUAUUGCUAACUUAAUAAAUGGGAGUGUAAACAUGUUAUCAGACAUUUUUAUGCAUUUAAAAGUGAUAAAAAGGGUGAUUAGCUUUAUGGCAAUUUUUGCUUUACAGUGGUAGCCUGGAACCUCACCCACUGUAUAAGUGGGGCCCUCCUGUACAUACAUGUGUGUGUGUGUAGGUAUAUGUAUGUAGGUAUGUAUGUAUAUACAUUAUAUGUAUAUAGGUAUGUAUGUAGGUAUGUAUGUAUAUAUAUGUAUGUAGGUAUGUAUAUGUAUGUAGGUAUAUGUGUGUGUGUGUGUGAAUGUCGUGCCGAAUAUGUAAAACUUGCGAUUUUGGCUUGAGUAGCAACAGUCAUCUUGCCAUAUAAGACAAGCGAAAAUUUGGGAAAAAAAUAAUUUUGCAAAAGUCAUUCUGAACCUAACGAAAAAAUUAUAUUUCGUUGUGUUUGUUUAUUAUUAAAUCAAUGUAAAUGUAUCUAAAAUAUAUUUAGUUGGAUUAGGCUAAAAUAAAUUGGGCUUGUUAUAAUAAGGUCAGGUAAGUUUUCUAAGAUUCUUUUGGUUAAAAAUUAUAAAUUUUUACAUUAGCAUUAAUGAAAAAAAUAUAUCUUUAAACGUAUAAGAGAAAAUUUUAGAAAGGACUUAAUUUUAAAUGAGUUAUUGCUAAUUGACCAGUUUUACCUAUUAGGCACGACAUACAUAUACGUGUAUGUAUGUAUGUAAAGUUUUGUGUGUGUG